CUGAGGCUCUGGGGUACCCUAUUCUGAAAACAUUCUAUUAUUGUGUACCGGGGGAGGGGGGCGUAACAGUACAUGUUAUCAAGACUGUAGCUGCAAAUUCACCGUUCGUUACAAAAGUAGCCCACAUUGGCUUCAUUUGUACAAACAUCGUACUUAGCGUUCCGCUGAAGAACAAGAAGAAGAAGAAGAAAGCGUGGGCACGUGCGGAAAAACAGUUGCUGCGCUACUGCUGCUUGUCAAAGGAACACCUUCGAACUAGGAAGGACAAGCUUCCUAAACCAAUGUACAACGUUGCACCAGAAGUGGUAGCGGAAGAGGAAGCUCUUCCGGAUGAUCUCGUCACAGCCGACCGAAAAGCAAUUGAUGAUCAGCCAGGUGAUGCGGCUCCAAAACCACCCGCCUCCAGUUCUACUAACAUGAUGUUUAUGAGCGUGGUGGUGUUGGCGAUCAUCUGCUCUGCAGCUGUUGGGUUUGCAAUUUAUCAGCGUCAGAAUACAACUUUAGCACCCGAAGCGACGACCCCAGCGACGCCGACCACUCCAAACGCUACGACAACUGUCAACGCUACCACCGUCCACAAUAUCACGACUCCUGCAAACAAAACCAUGUUCGAUUCCCAGGUGAUCGAGAACCUGCCUGAGGAUGAGUAGGUCAAAAUAAAAAGGACGUCGUUUUAGCGUGCA